UAAUGUGCACUGUCUCAUUGUGGGGCAGCUUCCUAAUCUGGCGAUGAUCUGCCUUCCAGGGAGCUGAUCUGGAACCCAUCUCUGCCUCCUGCCAGAGCACCCCAGAGAGCCAGGCCCAAGAUGAACUUGCAACCUAUCGGCUCACAGUGCUCCAGACCGUUCGACUGAACCCCUGAGAGCCCGAAAAUGUCUGCGUGCAGUGACUUUGUGGAGCACAUCUGGAAACCUGGAUCUUGCAAGAACUGCUUCUGCUUGCGGAGUGACCACCAGCUAACAGCUGGCCAUCCCAAGGCUAGAGCAAGCAGCCUACCCACCAUAACUCGCCUGCCUGCCAGGCCUGAGAACUGUCGCCUGGAAGAGGAAGGUGUGAAUGGCUUGGCCUACUCAAAGCCCACCAUUGCUGUAAAGCCCACCAUGAUGAGUUCUGAGACAUCCGACUUGUGGACCGAGGCCAGCCUGGGUGCUGAAGUCCCAAAGGUCAACUGGAGACGAGGUCCUGGUAAGCUCCCGCUUCAGAAACAGGAAGAUGGGCCAAUAGUUUACCUAGGCAGUUUCAGAGGACUGCAGAAGCCUGCAGGCCCGCUUGCUUGCACAGAGGGCAACUCUCACUGCCCCCCAGCUUUUACCAUGGUCGGACUGCACAACCUAGAGGCCCGAAUGGACAGGAACACUGCCUUUCCACCAGUGAGCUUCCAGGAAGAGAAGGCUGGGAGGCAAGAGCUGCCCUCAGCUCAGGAGAGCUUCCGCCAGAAGCUAGCUGCCUUCUCAGGGAUGACACCCAGCUGUCCCAAGGGCCCCAGGCCCUGCCCUUCUCCACAGCCCCUACGGGAGUCUCUGCCCUCAGAGGAUGACAGUGACCAAAGGUGCUCACCCUCAGGAGACAGCGAAGGUGGAGAGUACUGUUCCAUUCUGGACUGUUGUCCAGAAUCCAAGAAUGCUGUGCAUAGCGCGGAGGGCUCUGGCAGACGCGGAGGGGACUGCUCCCCCAUGUGCUGGGAGCAGGGAACUUGUAAAAGACCAACAGAAGAGGAAAAGCGGGUCGUGAACUUCCCCAGAGACUGCUGUGGCCAGGGAUCCACAGCAAACCCACCCCGCCUGGGCCCCAAGAAGCCAUCCCUUAACUCUGAGGCCACCAGCUCUUCAGAUGGCCUGUCCUGUGGCAGUGGCAGCAGCGGUGCCAGCAGCCCUUUUGCUCCCCACCUCGAAAAUGACUACUGCUCUCUUGUGAAGGACCCAGCCUUGGGGAAGUCGCAGGACUCUGGGUGCCACGUAAUCACCUCCGCCAAAUGUGUGGGCCAAGCUGUGGAAUUCCAGCCCCCAACCCUUCCUAGGGAGGCUCCGCAGCCCGAACCCAUCUAUGCUGAAAGUACCAAGAGGAAGAAGGCGCUUCUGGUCCCGUCGAGGCCUGAGACCAAGGCAGACCAGGUAGCAGCAGCUGGCCACAGCCAGGGCCAGGUAUGCACAGGUGAUACCCGGGUACAGAAGACAUCCUCUGGCUGGAACCAGGACAGGGAAGGCCCAAACAUGGCUCCUCAGGUGUCAACCACCAUUACUGUCAUUGCUGCCCACCCAGAAGAGGAUCACAGGACUAUUUACCUGAGCAGCCCUGACUCUGCAGUGGGGGUCCAGUGGCCACGUGGGCCUUCGAACCAGGACUUAGAGGCUGGUGAAGAGGAGCCUUUGGUUGUGCAGGGGCUAAGCUCAAGGGAGAGCCGUCCACAUAAUGUGACUGAAAACACGCCCAAAGAGAAGCCCGCCAUUCCCCCAAAGCUGUCGAAAAGCAGUCCCGGGGGUUCCCCAGUGUCGCCGGCAGCCUCCUCUUUGGCCGACCAGAGCGAUGGAAGCACUGGUGGUGGCAGCGUUGGACCCCAGCUUUCGUCUAGAGUCCCUGCUAACCUACCCUCUUCCUGCCAGACCAACGGUGUUGCCCCCAGUGACCCUGCCAAGUGUCCCCCACCAGCCACUGCCUCUUCAGCUUUGGACCAAAGGCGGCCAAGAUACCAGACUGGUGCUUGGAGCCGCCAGUGCCGGAUAGAGGAAGAGGAAGAGGUGGGACAGGACAUGUUGAGUCAAAGUUGGGGUAGAGAGGUGGAAAAUGGUACCACAGACCACUCAAACUCCUCUACCUGGCACCGUCUCCACCCCAGUGAUGGCUCCUCCACGCAGAACAACAAAACCAGCACUGGCAUGAGCAAAUCGGCUUCCUUUGCCUUUGAGUUCCCCAAGGAUAGAGGCAGGAUGGAGGCAUUCUCCCCUCCUCCUCCACCUCCAAAGUCAAGGCACCUGUUGAAGAUGAACAAGAGCAGCUCUGACUUGGAAAAAGUGAGCCAGAGUUCUGCAGAAAGCCUCAGCCCGUCCUUCAGAGGGGCCCACGUCAGCUUCACCACGGGCUCCACGGACAGCCUCACCUCAGACUCCAGGACCUGCAGCGAUGGAGGUCCAUCAUAUGAACCUGCCCACUCACCCACCGUCAGUGGGAAAAAGCUCUUUGCUCCUGUCCCUUUCCCAUCAGGCUCCACGGAGGAUGUGUCCCCGAGUGGUCCUGCGCAGCCUCCUCCUCUGCCCCAGAAAAAGAUAGUGAGCCGGGCAGCCUCUUCCCCUGACGGCUUCUUCUGGACCCAAGGUUCUCCGAAACCACGGACAACAAGUCCCAAGCUGAACCUAAGCCACUCAGAAACCAAUGUUUGUGCCCACGACGAGCCUCCUUUUGGCUACUCCUUGAACUCCGGGAACCAUUCUCACCAAGUCUUCUCCUCGUCUGAGCCUUUGGAGAAAGCUUUCAAAAGCAGUGGCCCCUGGGCCCCAGCUCUGGGGCUGGCAGGCAGCAAAGGUGGCUGUGGCAGCCCCAGUCUACAGUGCAAAGCGGCCACCUCCACCUCGUCUUCCCAGCUCAGUGUGUCCAGCCAGGCCUCCUCCGGCAGCACCCAGCUGCAGCUGCACAGCCUGCUGAGUAGCAUCAGCAGCAAGGAGGGCACCUAUGCCAAGCUUGGGGGCCUCUACACACAGUCCCUGGCCCGCCUAGUGACCAAGUGUGAAGACCUCUUCAUGGGCGGCCAGAAAAAGGAACUGCGCUUCAACGAAAAUAACUGGUCACUCUUCAAGCUGACAUGCAACAAGCCUUGUUGUGACUCAGGAGACGCCAUUUACUACUGCGCCACCUGCUCUGAGGACCCUGGCAGCACCUACGCUGUGAAAAUCUGCAAAACCCCGGAACCCAAAUCAGCGUCGUACUGCAGCCCAUCUGUGCCGGUGCACUUCAACAUCCAGCAAGACUGCGGCCACUUUGUGGCCUCUGUGCCCUCCAGCAUGCUCGCCUCCCCGGACACAUCAAACAAGGACCCUGUGCCUGCCCCACCUUCACAACCCCCUGCCCAGGAGCAGGACUGUGUGGUAGUCAUCACCCGGGAGGUGCCUCACCAGACUGCCUCUGACUUUGUGCGGAACUCAAUCGCUAGCCAUCGGGCAGAGCCUGAGGUUUACGAGCGGCGGGUGUGCUUCCUGCUUCUGCAGCUCUGCAACGGGCUGGAGCACCUGAAGGAGCAUGGGAUCAUCCACCGGGACCUGUGUCUGGAGAACCUGCUGCUGGCGCAUUGCAACCCCCAGGGCUCCCCAGGGCCCUCUGCUACUCCCACUGCUCCCACCACCACAUCCCGCUGCCCUUCUGCCACGCCCAUAAGCACCAACGCCUGCCAGGGAGGGCCUGGUGAGAAACACCUGCCCCGGCUCAUCAUCAGCAACUUUCUGAAAGCCAAGCAGAAGCCAGGCGGCACCACCAACCUGCAACAGAAGAAGAGCCACGCCCGGCUGGCCCCCGAGAUCGUGUCUGCCUCCCAGUACCGCAAGUUUGAUGAGUUCCAGACGGGCAUCCUCAUCUAUGAGCUGCUCCACCAGCCCAACCCAUUCGAGGUGCGAGCCCAGCUGCGGGAGCGCGACUAUCGGCGGGAGGACCUACCCCCGCUGCCCACACUGUCCCUCUACUCCCCUGGCCUGCAGCAGCUAGCCCAUCUGUUGCUGGAGGCUGACCCCAUCAAGCGCAUCCGUAUAAGCGAGGCUAAGCGGGUGCUGCAGUGCUUGCUGUGGGGACCACGGCGGGAGCUGGUGGAGCAACCGUGCACCUCAGAGGACGUUUUGUGUAGCACUCUGCACAACUGGAUCGACAUGAAGCGAGCUCUGAUGAUGAUGAAAUUUGCUGAGAAAGCAGUAGACCGAAGACGGGGUGUGGAGCUGGAGGACUGGCUCUGCUGCCAGUACCUGGCCUCAGCAGAGCCGGGGGCUCUCUUGCAGUCCCUGAAGCUCCUGCAACUUCUCUGAGCCUCCAUCCAGACAAUUCUACUGCCGCCUUCCACUUCCCGCCCUAUGCCCUAGGCUUGCCUGCAUCCAGGUUACCCUGGGAAAUGGUACAAAUGACUGUCGUCCUUGGAUGUAAUAUUUUUUAUACAUACAUAUAUAAUAUAAAUAUAAAAGACUGAAGGUGGCAUCGCACACCUGCCAGCCCCCGCUCCUCACAGAGUCCCCAUCCCUCCGCUACCACCAUCCCUGCAAUUAUGUACAGUCGAACUUCAAGCAAGGCCCUGACGACAGUUCCACCGAUAGAAUGAAGCGUGGACUCCUGACUCACUACUCGAUCAUGGGGUCUCCUUUUGUC